AAACAAGAAAAAAAAACGCCGCAACGUAGCUAUUAAAAUAAAAAACCUGCUGUGUCAAACAUCGCAAUAACAACAACAACAUUCAGAGCGAAACGGUGGUAGAAAAAAGCGACGAAUGAGUGGGAAGUGAAGUGAAGAGCAAGAGGGGGGAAACACACAGCAAACGUCCACUUUGCCCACUGUGACAACAUGUUGCACAAUAAUGCCAACUGGCUGCCACCGCAGCAGCAACAGCCGCAGCAGCAGCCAACACCGCAGCAACUACAACAACAACAAUUACAGCAGCAGCAGGCAACUUUACAUCACUCUUUACCCGCUAAUCAACAGCAAUUGCCGCCGCCGUUGCAACAACAACAACAACAACAACAACAGCAGCAGCAGCCACAGCAGCAGCAACUUUAUGCGAGUCAAAUGUUUCAGCAACCUCAGCAACCACCGCCACAGACAACUCAGCGAUAUUGGCCGCCAGAGGAUUAUCAGCAGGUCGACUACAAUGACUAUUACAUACAGCAACAACAGCAGCAGCAGCAACCACAACAGCAGCCACUGCAACAACCUUUGCUGUAUGCAUCGCCUGAGCAGCAAUAUUAUCAACCUGUGCAGCAAGUGGAGCAGCAGCAGCCACAGCAAUUGCCGCCGGAUGUGUUUGAUAACAACAACAGCAGCAACGUGAAGAACGAUGGCUGGGAUGAUUGGGGCGAUUGGAAUGACAACGCCAACAACAACAACAGCAACAUUAGCAACAAUAUCAGCAGCAGCAACAUUAACACUACCAACAACAACAUCAACAACAACAGCGCUGUGGAGGAUGCAUUUAGUGUGCAGGCUGCGCCAAGCAGUUGGCAUGCUUUUGGUCAAAAUCAGCAAACGACAAACACCAACAACAACAACAGUGCCAACACUGAAGCACUAGAGUUGCCGCCGUUGCUGUCGCCAGCCACAGAAGCAGAGCCGGAGCUGUUAAAUGCCAUUGUGCCGCCGCGCGCCUUUCAAAAUCAACCGCCAGCAGCAGCAGUGGCAACUGUGACGCCACCAACAGUGCCAAUUGCUGCAGCAACACCUGCUCCAUAUGCUGUACCACCAGCUGCAUCGACUGCUUUACCUCCAGCUGCAUUGGACAACUCAGCAGCUGGCAAUCCCUUCAAGCGUGCUGGCGGAUUGAGCAAACGUGUGAACAUACUCGAAGCCGCACCACCAGCAACAGUUGCAGCUGUUCCUCCACUGCCAGCUCCAGCAGCAACACCAGUGGCAGCGCCUGCUCCAAUCGCAGCAUCAGCUUCAAUUCUGGCACCAGCUUCAGUUGCAGCUCCAGCCUCAAUUCUAGCGCCAGCUCCAAUCGCAGUUGCAGCUCCAGCUUCAGCUCCAUUUGCAGCUCCAGCUUCAAUUGCAGCUCCAACGCCACUUGCAGCUCCGGUUCCAGCUCCAAUCGCAGCUCCAGUCUCAGCUGCUCCACUUGCAACACCUGCUGCCUUUGCUGCACCACUUGCAGCCACAAGUCAAGCAGCUCCACUUUCAGCAGCUGCUGCGUUUGCAGCCCCACUUCAAGCACCAAUUCCUGCUCCAAUUGCAGCUCCACUUCAAGCACCAAUUCCUGCUCCAAUUCCUGUUUCAAUUCCUGCUCCAAUUGCAGCUGCAAUUCCUGCUCCAACUCCUCUGCCGGAUCACAAUCAGGAGCUGCCGCCGUAUGAGAACCAGGAAGUGCUUUUAUCGGCACCCAACGAUGAGCGUGCUCAGUACUUGCAAACAAGUCAUUUGUCCGAGCAGCCCGAGGAUCUCAACGAGGCCAACUGGGAGGCAGAUGGUUUGUUGCCACCGCCGGGAUUAUCGCGUUUGGUGCUUGGCCAGCCGGAGCUGGUGGAGCGACAACGGUUGGUCACUGGCACCGAGCAGCCAAAUGCAUUGCAACUGAUGCGUCAAGCGGAUGGCGAAGAUACCUCCGAGGGCGAGCAGCAGCCAACGACGCAGCAACAGUUGCAACAGCAGCAGCAGCAACAGUUGCCGCCAGCUCGACGUGUUGUUACCGGCGUGGAGACAACACUAAACAGCAGCAGCAGCAACAACAACAGUGUUGUUCCAGAACAGCGUGAAGUGGUGCUCGAUGGCGAGAAUCUGGAGGAUCAGCCAGUGUUGCUGCCAGUUGCAGUGCAGCCAACAGCAGCCGAUGCUGUUGUGGAACAGCAAACGGAGCUGCAACAUGAGCAGCCAGAAAUAACGUUGCAGCAACAACAUCAGCAGCAGCAGCAACAUCAGCAGCAGCAACAACAGUUGUCCACGUCGAUGACGCAACAAUUGGGGCGUGGCAAACCACGUCCAGGCGCCUCGCUUGAUCUGGAGUCGGAGGAUGAGUCCGAUGAUUGGAUGUUCAACGAUCGCAUUGAGCAAUCGCUGCCGUCGCGUCGUCAACCAGAUGAACGCAGCUUGCGCAACAUGCGCAGCGGACGACGUCACAACAACAGCAACAAUGGAGGUGGCAACAACUAUGAGGGGGAAACGGAGGAUUCGGUGCGUGCGGCCAAUGCAAAUGUUCACAACGAUGGCGGUAAUAAAUCGCUGCGUGAUUCAAAGCGUCGCAGUCGCGAUGCUGAGCAACAACAACGUCAACAGCAACGUCACGAGCCCAGCGAACGAAGCGCACGCAGCGAGAGGGAAAGGGAGCGUGAAAGAGAGAGGGAACGUGAAAGGGAGCGUGAAAGGGAGAGGGAACGCAAUCUGUGGCGUCGCGAGGAGAAACACGAGCGACGUCCACGCUACAGCAACAACAGCAACAGCAACUAUGACGGCGACUCGGAUGCAGCCGAUGUUCAAGCUCAGUCCGCAGCAGCUGCGGCCAGUGAUGGAGGAGGCGGUGGCGGUGGCGGUGAUCGUGGCGGACGCAACAGCAAAGCGAGUCGCCCCAGACGCAGUGCAGCCCCCGAUGAUGACUACGAUGAUUAUGCAGAGCAACAACCACGAGGUGGAAGCCAUUAUCAAUCAUUAUCGCGUCGCGAAAAGUCGUCGCAGCAUGAAAAGCUGCGCAGUCGACGCAGCCACGAAGGCGGCAGCGAUGCGGGGCGUGGUCGCGAAGGCGGACGACGUCAUCAUCACGGACACGGAGCGUGGGAUGCUCGAGAUUACGAAGAAUAUCGUGGCAAGAGUUCACGCAACAGCGACUUGGAGAAAGAGCGCAUCAAUGGCGGAGGAGGAGGAGGAAGCAGCAGUGGAAAGCGGGGGCAGCGGGGCAACUACAACGAUCAGUAUGGGAAUGCGGCGUCUGCUUAUGAUCCCUACAUGAUGUACGAUCAAUUGUCACGCAAUCCUCAAGUCUAUGUCGAUAUGUAUGCCAAGAUCUACGGUCAGAUGAUCAACUCCAUGGCUGCUCUCUCGAAUGCAGCUGUCACAAAAACCUCGCCACAUCAGUUGGUCGCAGCUCCAGGCGCAGCUCCUGCCUCCUCGCUGCCUCUUGGCGUUGAUGCUGUGCUGGCUCAAGGCAACGCUGGCAAUGAGGCCGCCUUGCUCAGGGAGCGUGAACGGUACACACACGCAUACAUAACACAAGCCAAUGAGUUCCAUCGUCGUCGCCAAGAGCAGCUCAAGCUCUAUCAGCAACAACAACAGCAACAUCAAGGGAACAAUAACUACACGGAUCUCUUGAACGCAACUUUGGGCGAAGACUCGGCCAGUCUUUAUGAUGGCAGCGAUACGCACAGCAAUCGUCGCUUGUUGUUGGGCAUCGCAAGUGCUCGCUCCCUCAGCAAUUUGAACAGCGAGGCAGAUGCUGCUGGAGGUUCAGGAGCUCCUGCUGGAUACACACGAUACUAUGCUGGCUCGGAAUGCGGCGUUGAUAUCAGAGCUGCUGUUGGCGCCACCGGCGGAGAGACGACAACAACGAUACAAACGACGGCUGUGGCACGUCCGCCACGACGACGCACGCCUUUGCUGUACAAUCGACCGCAUCUGGUGGCCUCCUAUUCGAUGAGUCUGCUGCUCCGAGUGCGUCCCAAGUACGCGGGACGUGGUCGCUUGCGAAACGACGUCGAGGUGUCGGCGCCGAGGAUUAAGGAUGCCACGAGCAGUUUGUUGCGUGCGUAUCCGGGUCCGUUGCAGGGUCGCAAGCUGCACAAGGACAAGAUCAUUAGCUUCUGCAAGGAGCAGAUACGUUUGGGACCGGCGCGUGCUUGCACCGUGUUGUAUGCCACACAGAAGAAACCGCUCGGCAGCGUGGAAAAGUAUCGUGCCUCGCAUGCGCUCAUGUGGCAUUUGCUUAUACUUUUGCUGCGACAGAAUGGCGUAAUUGCGGACACCGAUGUGGGUGACUUGUUGUUGGAGAAUCAACGGGAAUAUCCUUAUGCUCCCGACGCGGAAACCGAAACGGAUUCAAACGAAACACGCGCCGAUGCCAAUGAGCUGCUCAACGAUUCCGAUGGCGAGCCAACGGCUGCGAAUUUGCCUGCAGCAACUCCGGCUGCUGUUGAUGCCGAACCGGAUGCCGAAGAUGCUGCUGGGAAUAGCAUCUCAGAGCAGGCGGCAACGGAACAAUUUCGCAGCUAUGUUCUCCGCGGCAAUGUGGAGGAAGCAUUGCAGUGGGCCACCGAUCACAAUCUGUGGACGCAUGCCUUCUUCUUGGCGUUGUACGAGGAUCGCUAUGCGUUGACCGAUGUGGCGCAAAAGUUCCUCAAUCGCGCCAUCAAGGCAAAUGAUCCGCUGCAAACGCUUUAUCAAAUGAAGAGCUGUCACACUCCUGCCUGUGUCACUCAGUUGCGUGACGAGCAUUGGGGCGAUUGGCGUUCGCAUCUCUCCAUCCUGGUGACGAACAAGUCCAGACAGCCGGAAUACGAUCGCAGUUCCGUGAUUGCCCUCGGUGAUACGCUCUUCCAGCGUGGCGACAUCUAUGCCGCACACUUUUGCUAUCUCGUCGCCCAGGAGGAGUUCGGACGCUACGACAGCGCUGCCACCGAGCUGACCACGCUCACCGGCAAUGUGCCAAGGCUCAUUUUGCUUGGCGCCUCGCACUACAAGCCCUUCAAUGAGUUUGCCAGCAACGAGGCGAUCAUCAUGACGGAGAUCUACGAGUAUGCGCGUUCGCUGUACGAUCAGAAGUUCAGCAUUGCCAACUUCCAGCACUACAAGUUCCUGCUGGCCACACGCAUUCUCGAUUAUGGUCAGCACUUCCGAUGCACCAACUACUUGGAGCAGAUAGCCAAGCACAUUGAGCUGAAGCCGGAGAGCUACGAUAGCGAUUUCAUACAGAGAGUUUGUGGCUUGGCGGAACGUUUGCGUUAUCAUGAUCCGAUAUUGAUCAAUCGCGUUUCUUUUGCCAGUCCGCCAAAUGCAACAGGACAAGCGACGCCGCAAACAACGGCGCCCGAGGAGAAGGAAUGGCUGCGUCAACUGCGCUCGUUGGCCGAUCAGCAGCAGCCACAACAAGUGCAACAUCACGAGACGCUGCAUGAGCAGCAGCAACAGCAGCAAAAUGAUAUUGAUCAGCAGUUUGUGGAUUUGAAUAAGCAAAUGCGUGAGCUGAACAUGCAAUACGAGGAGCAACAGCAACAGUUGCAGCCAUCGUAUGAGCAGCAGCAACCACCACAACAGCAACAACAAUUGCCGCCGCAACCAGAUUAUUAUGAGACGCAAAGUCAAGAGCCAACAGCGCUGCACAACGAUGCUUAUGCGCCGCCACCAACCAUGUACUACAAUGCCGAUGCAGCAGCAGCACCACCACCACAACAGCAACCACAACCAAUACAGCCAGCAACACAACAGCAACAACCACAGCAACCACUGUACGAUCCCACACAGCAACCAGCGGCUGUUUAUGGUCACGUUGAGCCAGCGAGCGAAGCUUAUGGCGAGCAGCAAGCAAGCUCAGCUUAUGGCGGAGCUGGCUACGAUUAUUGGCCCAGCAAUGUGCAGCAGCAGCAACAGCAGCCAUAUGGCGGCGACGAGCAGCUGGCGGAGAGCAAUGAGCUGAUUAGCGACAACAUUAACAACAGCAGCAACAAUCAUGAUAGCAACGAUGCUGAGAACAAUGCUGAAAUUGAACAGCAGCAGCAGCACACGAACUUGAGCAACCACAACAGCAACCACAACAACAGCAACAACAACAACAUUGACAACAAUCGCUUUAAACACAAUGCGUUGACGCUGCCCGCUGCUGGCAACAAGGAGAAAAGCAAAUUAGUGGCACGUAAAUUGCAAUUUGCGGCAACAAACGAAAGCACAACAGCAACAACAACCACAACAACAGCAGUAGCAGCAGCAGCAGUAGCAGCAGCAACACCACCAACAACAACAACAACUCCACAAAAGGCAUUCAAUUUGAAUGAUCAGCAACAAAUGCGACCCACAAUUUCGAUGCCAAAAUCAAAGAGUUACGAUGACGACGAUGGUGCUGGUGCAUCGAACCAAGGUGCAACUGGCCCUGGUGGCGCCACCAAAGGUGCCUCAGCUGCUGGCAAUGCAACCAACAAGCAGCAGCAACAACAAGAACAGUCCGGCGCCGCAGGUUUGCCUGGGGGUCAGGGCAAUCAGAAUGCCGGGUGGUUUGGUGGCUUGUGGAACAAGUUCUCGCUGAAGCCGAAGAACCAAAUGAUCUUGCCGGACGACAAGAACCCGACGAUUGUUUGGGACAAGGAACGCAAGUGCUGGACGAACACCGCCGAGGGCAAUACCGAGGAGGCUGAAUCGUUUAAGCCGCCACCAAAGAUGAGCGACAUGGGCAUGGGAAUGGGAAUGGGAAUGCCGAAUACAUUGGGCACGAUCCCGACGCCAUUGGCGACGCCUCAACUGCUGCCACAGCAAUCACAACCACAACAGCAGCAGCCACAAGAGAUGCCCAAUGCCAAUCUCUAUGACAACAGCCAGGUCGACUACGAUUACAACAACUAUACGGAGCAAGUGUAUGCCACAUCAACGCCAGCACCAACUUCAGCUCCAGUUUCAGCUCCAGCUCCAGUUCCAACUGUGCCCAUGUCAGCUCCAACGCCAGCAGCCGCUGCUGCUGCUGCUGCAGCUGGCGGACCGCAGCCAAAACUGCAAUCAAACAUGUUCAAAAUCCAACGCAAUCGCACGUUGAAGAACUCGUAUGUGGACGUGUUCAAUCCAUCGGGUGCUCCGAUGACAGCGGCGCCGCAGACGGUGUUGGCGCCUUUGAUGGCCCCGGUUGCUGUGCCCCAAGGCGGUUUCUUUGUGCCCGGCGCUGUGCCCCAGCAGCCGCAAUAAAACGGGGAGAGUAGCGAAUGUAGGUGACGAAAGAGCUGAUGAAAGGUGUAGGAAAAUUCCCCAAAAAACCAAACUAUACAUAUUUGCAGCGAUUCGGAGCAAUACGUAAAAAUAGCAAGCGCGCAACCAACACAAACAACAACAACAACACGAAAAACAUUACAAAAUUGACAACAUAAAAAACAAAACAUCACUUGGAACAACAACAACGAUGACAAACAACAAUAAGCAAAGAAGAAGUCGAUGUGUUUAAGUGUUGUUUAACCAUAUUAUUAUUAUAUAAUUCUAUAUGCAUAUGCGUUGUUCGUUUUCUCUUUUUGUGCGCGUUUAGCGAUGAAUUAGUGUUUAACAAAUUUAUGUACGAUUAGCAAAAAGAAAUACACACAUUUAUGUACAUUUUCAUAAUAUCCCGAUCCGAAAACCGCCCCGCCCCGCCCCCCAAAAUUCUUCCGUUAUUCGAUAUUGUUUUUUGUUCCUCCCCACACACACGAGUAUAAUUAUUAUAAUCAUAAUUAUUUUUUCUUCUGUAUGUUGCAUCGUUUUUUAGUUUGUAAAUUGAAGUGAAGUGAAGACAGGCAAAAUUUGCAUAUACUUAUAUUUUUUUUGUCAUUAUAUAAAUAUAAAUUAAAUAAAUCUUAGAGCUGUUUCGGGAGUCGAGAGAAAGCGAGAGAAGAUAUUGAGAAUUGGUCGCAAGAAACAAAAAAUUGACCUUUAAAAUAUAUUUAUACGAGAAACUAGUUUAAUUUAUAUGAAAAAAAUAUGAAAAAUGUUUGUUCGCUUCGAUGUAUUUUCUCUAUGUAUCUUGUUGUGCACACACACACACCGACACACACAUAUAUAUACAUCUAUAUAACUAUUCCAAUUAAUUUAUAGCGCAAAUAUUUCAAUGUUCGUUUUCUUUUUCUUCGCUAUCUCUCUCUCAGUCUUUGUAAUGCAUUUGAAAAAUGUUAAUUUGUUAAAGCGUUGUGUUUAAUUCUUAUGUAUACAUAUAUAAUUUUUUUUAAAUUAAUUUUUAUUUAGUUUAAUGCAAAAAAAAGAAACAACAACUGGUGCAGGCAAAAAUAAAAAACAAAAUUAUAUAUAUAGAUAUAGAUAUAUAUCGAGAUGUAUUACAGAUAAAGUAACCUUCAAUUGGUAUUUCAAAAAUUGAUCUAACUACACUCAACAAGAAAUGCAUUAAUGAAUUGAAUUGUACACAAAAAUUUAGUAACUACACCAAUUAUCAAUUACCAAUUACCAUUUAAAAACAAUGCCUAUAUAUACAGGAACAGGAACAGGAUGCAUAUGCGGGCUGUAAACUGACGUGUGUGUGUUUCAUUUUUUUUUCAAACUAUAUACGAUCGAAAGCGUGGUAUAAUACUUAUCAUUUAAUUAGCCUAAACAAAAAAAACUUAAAUAAAUAAAUCAAUGGUAAACAAUUUAA